AUGGAAGGAAGUCAUAACGCAGAAAAUAUAGCCAGUAUGUUGGAUGCUACUCUCUCAAAAUGGGAUAUCAGGUCAAAAUGUGAAGCAAUAACGACUGAUAACGCUCAAACAAUGAUUAACGCCGCAGCCAAACUGCAUAUACGACAUAUACCCUGCUUUGCGCACACACUAAACCUGACGGUAAGUGAUUCGUUUGCUGUGACCUGCUUAGACCAGAUUCUGAAAAAAUGUAAAUCGAUUGUGACUUUUUUCAAGAUGAGUACUCUAGCUAGCGAUAAAUUACGGACUAUUCAACGUGAAUUAAAUAAACCAGAACUGAAAGUGAUCCAGGAAGUACCCACCCGCUGGAACAGUGCAUACCACAUGCUGCAAAGAAUUGUUACAAUGAAGACAGAAUUAACUCUCGCACUUAAUGAAUGUAAUCGGGCUCCACCAGGAGUCAAUGCUGACGAAUACCUAAUUAUUCAAGAAACAAUUCAAAUUCUGGAACCUUUCGAUCUAGCUACAACAAAAAUUUCCGGAGAAAGCUAUAUAACAUUGUCACUGAUAAUACCAUUGAUUCGUGGAAUAAAAACGAAAUUAGUAGAAGUUGAAUCUCAAAUUGUUACUGAAAGCGGAAACAAAAUAUUACUCUGCAUGAAGGGAUCAGUUGACAAAAGACUAAGUCCCUAUGAAAGCAGGACACCUGUUGUACUUGCUACAAUAUUGGACCCCAGAUUUAAGAAGGGGUUCAAAACAAGUGACGACGAGAAGCGAGCUGGUCAGUGGCUGGAAAAGGCCUAUGCUAGCCAUUUAACUAAAGAACGCUUGGCUGUAGAAGAAACGCAACCAACACCAUCCACGUCUUCAGGAACAUCUAAUGACCUGUUGGGAUUUCUAGACGUUCCGGACGUAUCGACCCCGUUGAGUAACUCAUUGGUAGAUGUCAGGCAAUAUCUCGAGAAGCCAGUAAUUGACAGAAAAGAGUGUCCUAUAACAUACUGGAAAUACACCAACAAUAAAUUGAAGGAAUUAGCGAUGCUCUAUCUCUGUAUUCCAGCAUCUUCUGUGCCUUCAGAACGAAUAUUUUCGAAGGCCGGACAAAUUUUAACCGAACGCAGAAAUAGGUUAAAAGAAAAAAGAUUAAAUGAAUUGUUGUUUAUAAAACAAAAUAGCUGUUAUUUUAAUGAUUGA